ACAUCUCCGGAAAGCUUUCAGUAUUGUGACAUAUCAGUAAUUUACCAAAACGCAAAAUAUUGUUUUUAUCUCAAGUUUAGCUUUGUUUUUCUUGAUAUUUCCCAUAUUUCCACACAAUGCUGAGUAAUUUGAGGCAUUAGAGUGUUGGUCAUUUUUGCUGAUUACCUAUUCAUUGAAUUAAAAUGUCUGCAGAUGAGAGACAACGCCUUUUGGGGGCAGUUUCCCCCGCAAUCCCAACAUACGAUGGCAUUGACGAUAAUGUUUCCCAGGGUGUUGACGACAUGACCGGAUUGACUUCGAAUGAGCCGACAGGGCAAACUUAUCGGAAACUCCCGCAAUAUGUUGCAGCUCUGUCAGCAGCCGGAGGUGCUCUGGCAGCCGGAACAGUCCUGGGAUGGACAUCUCCCACGCAAAUUGCCCUAGUGGACCAGAAAGAAUAUGGCUUUGAAAUUACCGGAGAGGAAUUCUCAUGGAUUAGCUCAGCAAUGACAUUGGGAGCAGCAGCUGUUUGCAUUCCAAUUGGUUUGAUGAUCAAUCUGAUUGGUCGGAAGCCCACGAUGCUUCUGCUCGUGCUGCCCUUCACCAUUGGCUGGGCUCUCAUCAUCUGGGCCGUCAGUGUACCAAUGAUGCUUAUUGGACGUAUUCUUGUGGGUAUCUCUGGAGGAGCUUUCUGUGUCACAGCUCCUAUGUACACCGGAGAAAUUGCUUCGAAGGAAAUUCGUGGGAUUCUGGGCAGUUUCUUCCAACUCAUGAUCACCAUUGGUAUCCUCUUUGUCUAUGCUGUUGGUCAUGGUGUCAAUGUCUUCACACUGAGCAUCAUCUGUGCUGUCAUUCCCAUCAUCUUUGGCGUCAUCUUCGCCUUCAUGCCAGAGUCUCCACUGUAUCUCGUGACCAAAAACAAAAUCUCCAAAGCCACGGAUUCCAUCAAAUGGCUCCGUGGAGAGAAAUACGAUCAUGCUUCUGAACUUGCGGAUCUCCAGCAGCAAAUGGAAGAAAUCCGUGCCCAACCAGUCUCUCUGGCCGUAGCAUUGCGCCGACGAGCUACGAUAAGAGCUCUUGUCAUCUCAAUGGGACUCAUGUUCUUCCAGCAAACCUGUGGCAUCAAUGCCGUAAUUUUCUACACAACAAACAUCUUCGAAGAUGCCAACACGGGAAUCGAGGCUGGAGUAGCCACAAUAAUUGUCGGUGUCAUGCAAGUUGUGGCCACAUUUUUGGCCACACUCAUGGUAGAUCGCCUGGGGCGCAGAGUGUUACUGAUUGCCUCUGACUUUGCAAUGGGAACAUGUACCCUCCUGCUGGGGGUAUACUUUUACCUCAAGUCACACGAUGAGGCAUCUGUUGCUAACCUCGGAUGGCUCCCCAUUGUCUCCCUCUGUAUCUUCAUUGUUAUGUUCUCCAUUGGUUUUGGUCCAGUGCCAUUCAUCAUUAUUGGCGAACUCUUCGCCUCGGACAUCAAGGGUCUUGCUGCAGGACUUGCCAUGACACUCAACUGGACACUUGCAUUCAUCAUCACAAAAGCCUUUCCCAGUCUCCUGGAUGCCAUUGGAUCUGGUCCGACAUUCUGGAUCUUCACUGCACUCUCCUAUCUCGGAACAAUAUUUCUAGUAUUCUGCCUGCCCGAGACCAAAGGAAAAUCUCUCGCAGAAAUUCAAUGGCUUCUCGAUGGACAACGCUCAUCAUCAGCCCAGUCAAUUGUACCAGGACAAGAAGAUACUCUCCCAGAAAAAUAGAAUUUUGAGUAUCUCACUAACAUCGAAAUGCAUUUCAACUUAUUUUAGGAGUAAAACAACAUCUGCUUAAAUUGGGUUCAUCUUCACAAAAACAAGAGGCUGCAUUUUAAUUUAUAAAAUAAGAAACAUUGCUAAUAAUAGAUACGUAUUAAUAUUGUUAAAAAAAAAUGUGUAUAUCAAUUUUCUUCUCUUUCCCCCUUUCAAUUAUUAUCGUUCUCUUAUCAGUAAUCCACGUUCCAAAUCCUUGAAAAUAGAUUUAUUAAUAUAGAUAAUUUGAACUGCAAUUUAGUAUCAAUCAAACCAAGUUCAAGAUUCCAAACUUGAACUUGAUCUGAAAAAAAAAAACUUUCUUUACAAUUCAUCAAUGGCCUUGACCUGAAUUUUCGGUUUGUCUUACAAACUAACAAUAAAGCUAUUAAUCAUCCUCGUAACAGAAAUUUGGAACGCUCUCCACGAAAAUUGGGGUAUGUUAAAAAAACAAUGAUAAGCUUUUUUGACCUUAUGAGAGGUAUGAUUUUUUCAUUGUCCAUUUGGUUUGCAAUUUAUCCGCCAUGUGUUGCUAUAUUGGCUAUUGUGAAUUUUUACACUAAGAAAAAACCUAUAAAGUUAAAACAACUAACUCUAUGGCAGAGUUGAAUUAACUCAAUGAAUAUCGAUGUAAUUAUUGCUCUUUUUCUAUGUAAAAUUUCAUCUCGACUGAAGUGUAUGCUUAAGUAUUUUCGUUUUAAGAAUAUACUUCUGUCAAGAAGAUUUUCGUGUGACAAAGUUCAUAUGGAACAUCAACUAGAAAUAUGCCUAACAGUGUUUCAUGAAGACAUGUUUGUGCAUCAUACGUGAUAUUUCGCUCGGAACAUAGGGAACUUGAGGUCAAGACAUUAUUAAUAAAAAAAAAUGAUAAAAUAAAAAAAAACAUAAAAUUGCAAAACAUAUUCAUUUUGGGAUUUGAAAGAGUUAUUUUAACUCUAAAAACGAUUUUUUUAACUCUUGAAAUGAGUUAUUUUAACUUUUAAAACGAGUUAGUUUCAGUCUCAAAAAAAAGUUAUUUAACCCUCUUUUGUCAUGUAAAUUUUAAGAAAAAAAUUCAAACAUCUCUUCCGAAUAUUACACCUAAAUACAAGUAAAAUCACCUCUAAAAUAUAGUUAAUCGAAAAUCACAACGAAAGAGUUAAUUCAACAUCGAUUCGAGUAAGUUUUACUCCAUUAUUUUUCUGAGUGUAGUGUCUUAGUCUUGUACUAAGGGAAGGCUUUCAAGCUUCACACAUACUCUAGCUUCGAUCACUUCAUAUUUUUCCCAUGUUCCUUAACGAAUUUGACCCAUGGAAAUAUAUUUUAAUAGGUAAUAUUAAGUCUCACAUUUCCUGAAAAAAAAUGUGAGAUUUAUUAAAGAAAUUUGGGAAAAAUAUGAAAUAUUCGAAGCCAGAAAGUCUUCCCAUACAAUUCAAAUACUAAUUCUAGAAAUUAUAAUAUAAAUAAAAAUAAAGUUAACCCAUUAUCUGCGGAAAGAACGCUUUACAGAGAACCUGAGAGAAUUUUCACUACCUUGCCUUGCAUGCCGCAUCAUCACUGAUCGGCAUCGCUAGACUCUACCAGACCGAGUCAGGUUGAAUUCUUAUUUUUUUUUCUAAAUUCUCUGAUUUUUCUUUCUUUUUUUUAUUUUCUAUCCUUCUACUUUUCACUUAAUCAAACCAUGUAAGAGGGACGGACCCUAUAGAUAUAGAUUUAAAUAAAUAAAUAAAUGAAAUAAAUAAAUUAAAUAAUUUUUAAUGAACCCAUUCUUAUAAAAAAUUAUAGCUCUAUAACUUUCUUAAGGACCAUUUUGAUUUAUCUCGAAGGGUAGUGUGCUUUUCGAAACAUUUUCUAAAAGUUGAUUUGCUCAAGAAAACUCCCUUCACCGAUUUAGAAAAACAGAAAA